AUGGCGUCGCGAGUCAGUUCGCGCCAGUCGACGAGUUCGUCACAGUACUCGCAGAAUGAUGAGCCAGACAACAAGAAACAGCAGCAGAAAUGGAACCUAUUCCGCAUGAUCAAGAAUGGAUGGUCCAGGUUGGACCUGGAUCGACGAACGGUGAUCUUGAUGAUGAAGGGUGCUCUACCACCUGCUAUUGCCAUAGCCAUGUAUCAAGCCGAUUCUAUUGCGGCACGGUUCCCCACUACUGGCUAUCUCAUUGCAAUCAUCUCUGUUCUCGGAUUUGCCAUCAUGCCACGGGCCAAAUUCAUCCAGAUGAUGCUCUUGGACGUACUGGCAGUUUGCGUUGCAACGGCUUUUGCCCUGCUUAUGAUGUUCUGCAGCGUGAAAGCACGAGAAAACACACAGUCUGCUGCAGAUGCGGCCUCUAUAUCGAGUUCGGAUCCGACAGCUAACGAGUACAAUUCAUCUGCCUCCGCCGUUAGUGGCGUGCUGCUGUUUUUCCAGAUAUACCUGGUGCACUCGUUUCGUGCCCAUUAUCAACAGUUUCAAUUUCCGGUGAUCAUCUAUGCCAUAAUUGCCAAUAUCACCUCGUCAUAUGCCCCUCGGCUCCCCACCAUGGCCGCCGGUAUUGCUUUGGUGAGGACCUUGCUCGAGGCUUGUUUGAUUGGGUUGGGAAUCUGUACGGGCGUCUCCCUGUUUCUCUUUCCCGUGACCUCAAGACACAUUGUAUUCAAAGAGAUGGCAAGCUAUAUCGGAGGUCUUCGCGUAGGUCUCAAGGCUCAUACAAAGUACUUUGAGAGUCUGGAGCGCGAUGACAUGUUUGGCCGGGCCGAGACAUAUGACGAGACAGUCGAGAAAUUUUCCAAGAAGGGCAAGGUUUAUAGCCCAGAAGCAGAAGCUAUUCGAACUGCGAUCCAGAAGAUUACAGACCUCCAUGGCAAACUGCACGCGGACCUGACCUUCGCGAAGCGCGAGUUCGCCAUUGGAAAGCUCGGCCCUGACGAUCUCCAAGCCAUCUUCAGACAUUUACGCCAGGUGAUGAUUCCAGUUGUCGGUCUCAGCUUCAUUGUGGACAUUUUCCAGCGUCUGUCGGAGUACAACAAAUGGAACGAUCCCAUUGACCCACUCGCAACGGACAUAGGUACCACCAUCCGCAGUCGUGUUGUACACGAAUGGAACGAAAUUAUGAAGGCCGUGCAUGAUCCCUUUGCCUCCAUUAUCGAGACUAUCGAUAGCGGGCUAGAACACAUUUCUUUGUCGUUACAGCUGACAAAAUCACCGAAAGCUUCGCUCGGAAAGAAAGAUGCGCCGACAGAAGGGGUUGCAGAUCUGGAAGCGUCGGCAGAGAAACCCCGUCCCCGGGAGAAGCAGGGAGAAGGGCAUCACCUUACCCCGGAUUUCUUCGAGCGUCCUUCUUCUGACUUGCCCGAUCUGGACGAAUUCCUACUAGACAAAUCCGGGGUCGGUCGCGAUAGGAGCCGUCGACAGCUCUAUCUUUUUCUUUAUAUGGAACAACUACUCUACUCGACAGGCCAUACAGUACUAGAUUUUAUUCAUUUCGCCGAUGAGAAAGUCAAAAGCGGAAAGCUGUCAAGAUCACGUCUGAUCAUUCCCGGUGCUAAACGCUUACUGAAGUGGUUACGCAGUAUACUUCAGGCGGAGGAUACCCAUGAAGACGAUCACUUGGGCGAUAUCCACACGCAGAACCAUAUCCUUCAGCUUGGUGAAGCGUACAGGCACAGGAAGGAUCCUGAGCAUUUGCCCCCUGAAACCACCAUUCAGAAGAUCGGCGACAAAAUCAGGGUAAUACCCUGGCUGCUGCGUUCAUCAGAGUCAGCCUACGGAUUUCGAGUGGCUUGCGCUACUAUGACUAUCUACGUGGUUGGCCUACUUCAUCAGUCUCAGACCUUCUUCAUCCAUCAACGCCUGGUCUGGGCCAUGAUCAUGGUUAACAUCAGCAUGUCACCGACCGCGGGACAGAGCAUUUUCGGCUUUGUGCUUCGUCUGAUUGGCACUGUGAUAGCCAUGGCUCUCAGCUUUUUGGCUUGGUAUAUUCCAGACGAAAAGACACCGGGCGUCAUCGUCUUCUUCUGGCUCUUUGUUGCCUGUGGGUUCUAUGUCCCUAUCAAGCUUUUCCGCUUUCGAAUCGUCGGGAUUAUCAUCAUCAUCACCACUUCCAUGAUCAUCGGCUAUGAACUUCAGGUGCGCAAGGUUGGGCAACAGGUUGCGAGCUCCAACGGCCAGGCCUAUUAUCCCAUUUAUCUUCUUGCUCCCUAUCGUCUGGCCAUCGUGGCCGCAGGUAUUGCGGUGGCAUUUUUCUGGACAUUUUUCCCAUUUCCAAUCUCCGAGCAUGGAGUUCUUCGCCAGAGCCUUGGAGCUUCGCUUUAUCUACUGGCGAAUUAUUAUUCUAUCAUCCACGAGUCCGUGUCUGCGCGUUUGCGGGAUGACGAAGGUGAUCUGGCUUUGAAAACGUCAGCAGGGCGGAGGCUGCAAAAAGCGCGAGGCAAAGUGUUUUCUAAGCAGAUGUUGAUGUUGAAUGGCUUGCGAACAUCUUCGGAGUUUCUAAAAUGGGAGGUGCCCAUCGGAGGCCGCUUUCCCAAGAAGCGGUACCAGGCUAUCAUAUCAUCGAUUGAGAAUAUCGUAAAUUAUCUGAGUUUGCUAGGCUAUGCCUCGGACACUCUUUUGCAGAUAGGCGAUGACCCCCACGCAUCGAAUUCUGACUGGCUUCACGACUUCAAAAGACUGGUGUCUAGUGCCCGCGUCACGACUCACGAGGUGACCUCUGUUUUGUGUCUUCUGUCAGCUAGUAUUACGAACCGACAGCCUCUGCCGCCCUACCUGAAGACUCCUCGACCGUACAGUUUCACAAGGAGAUUAGAAGCGCUCGACAAAGACAUUCUCAGCAUCAAGCACGUCGCAGAGCCGGGAUUUGCCACGUUUUCUGUACUGCAGAUCUCGACCAGAUGCAUUGUUGGAGAUGUGGAGAGAUUGAUGAGAAAUGUGAAGGCUCUCGUAGGGGAGCUUGAUUUUUCCUUCCAUGCUGUCAGCACAGCACAUAGCACGAAGUCGUCUCUAGAUCAAUCGCGCCUCUCGAGACCACCAUCUCGCGAGAAGUUUGAGUGA